GUUUGAGCAUUUCUAAUUGUCUAAUUUUUUUCCCAAUUCCCACCUUUGCAAGUUGUAACGUGACGCUGUUAAAAAAAUCCGCUCUUUUUUCUGGCCUAUAUUAUAUUCUCUCUUUUUAGUAUUCCCCACACACAAAAAACGGCCAAAGUCCAAAUCUCCCAUCUCUCUCUUUUAUCUCUCGUUCAUUUACUCAAAUUUUCUCAUUUAAACCAUCAUAAUAUUCAAUCUGUUAAACUAAUGGCUAAUUCUUCUACUUUAAACCCAAAUGAACAUUUUCAAUUCCAAAUUUCUGAAAAUGAAAUAAUCCCUGGAUUACCAGAUGAUUUAGCUAUGGAAUGUUUAUUAAGGGUACCCAUAACAUCUCAUCCUACCCUUAGAUUAGUAUCUCAUCUAUGGAAGUCCACUAUUUCCCACUCAUCUUUUUUCUCUCUCCGCCGCCGCGCUAACUUCGCGGAAAACCAUGUUUUUCUUAUUCAGCCUCUGUCACCUGCUGCUGCGCUUCCGCAGCAGCAGAUGACAGAACCUAAAGUAACUAUUAUCGGAGGAGAGUUUGACCACAUACAAGACGAUAAACAAUCUAUCAACAACAAAUGUUCACUCCUAUACAACUUAAACAUCUACAACACUAACAACGAGGAAUGGAGGUGUUUAGCUGGGUUGACAAUCCCAACAUUCGCUCAGUGCGUGGUUCUGCCAGAUGUAGGAAAACUAGUGGUGCUAGGUGGGUGGGACCCAGCUACUCUAGAGCCAGUCUCGAAGGUUCUAGUCCUUGACUUGGCAGUGGGGACGUGGAAGGAAGGAGCAUCAAUGUUGACCCCACGAUCAUUCUUCGCCUGCUCAGUGGUUGGACCCACCACAGUCUACGUGGCAGGCGGGCACGACGGGCAGAAGAACGCCCUUCGGUCAGCUGAGGCUUAUGAUGUUGAGGAAGAUAAGUGGGUUGUUCUUCCGCCUAUGGCAGAAGAACGAGAUGAAAGCUAUGGUAUGGUCCUGUCCAAACUCGGAAAAUUUUGGGUCGUAAGCGGGUACGGGACUGAAUCUCAAGGUAGAUUCAGACCCGAUGCCGAAGUUUACGACCCGGAGAAAGGAGCAUGGGAGACUAUAACUGGAGUUUGGCCUCAUCCGGGUAUCAACCCGAAAUCGACAGCGGUUGUAACGGUGGAAGGGGAGAGGAGGUGGUGGCAUGUGAUUGGUGGAGAGAUAAAGGAGUUUGAAUGGGAGGAAAGAGAAUGGAAAGGAUUGAUCUUAGGUUCGAUAAUUCCUAAGAUAGUAAGUGAAUUAUGGUCAUGUUCAUCUUCAGUUUCUUUGAUUGAUGUUGGUAAUGGUAAGAUUUUUUUGAUGGGAAAUGGGGAGAAUUGUGGUGGGGAAGGGAUGUUUAUUUUGGAGAGAGAAAAUAAUGAAAAUGAAGAUAAGAAUAAGAGUGGUGUUAAUUGGAGAUGGAAAAAUGUUCAUGCUCCUCCAUCUUUUUUAGGCUUUCCUUUUUCUGCUUCACAUCUUCUUAUGUAAAAUUGUAAAUCUAUGUUUUUUUACAGUAUUACAUAAUCUAUAUGAGAUCUUUAUGCAA